AUGGAUGUUUCAUCACCUCAUUCUCUCUCUGAUUCUAUGAAUUCUUCUUCGUUGGAUUCAUCUUCGAAGGUAGAAACUCUUUCGACAACGUACACAUCAAUAAACAAAAUGGUUGAUGAUGAAUCUGAAUAUGAUGUAUUCUUGUUAGAAGCGAUGAUUUGUUCGAUUUGUUAUACGAUAUAUGAUGAGCCGAAACAACUACAAUGUGGUCAUUCAUUUUGUGCAACCUGUAUCGAUCGGCUAUGUAAUGAAAUGGAACAAAAAUAUAUUUGUCCCUUAUGUCGUGCACAUUUUACCGAUUCGCCUGUCGUCAAUUAUUCCUUAAAGAGUCUCAUAUCCAGGAUAAAAGAAAAAGGUGCUAUGGUUAAAUGUUGUUAUCAGUGCUCCAAGGCUGCAAAACCAGAGGAUCAAUAUUGUUGUGAUGACUGCGAUCAUACUGACAGAAUAGAGCACGUUCGUUGCGGUUUGUGUGUAAUAAACGGACAUGCUAAAGUGGGUCAUGCUGUAUCAAAGUACGGCGAAUCAAAAAAACGAAUUGAAACAGCUCAGCAGACACUUCAAGAAAUGAUCAGUGAGAAUGUGCAAUUUUUGGCAGAAUGUAAAAAAUUAACGACUGAUCGCCUAAUUUGUGUGGAUGAUUUGUUUAAGCUGCUUAAUGGACAGUACACACAGUUCAAGUCGCUUGAAAGAGAUCUAAAUACCGAUGUUUUUAUAUCAAAAAAAGAUAUUGAGUUAAGAUUAGAGCAUGCCCGACGAUUACAUGGAAUUUGCAUGCGGAGUGCGUUCGAAUUUGCCGGCCUCAUGAAUACUGUGUUCAACGAAAUUACAGUACUAACAGAAAGGACAGCUGUGGAACUCGCAGGUCAUGCUGUAUAUGGUGAUAUAUUGAACAAAAGAGAAUUAAUUGCACAAUCCGCGCAGGAACAAACACGAUCAUGGUUCGAAUAUCAACGAACGGGACGCUUUAGUGCCUUAUGCUCAGCUAUAGCACGGCGAAAUGCAGCUAUAGCUCGACGCCAUCUUAUGACUGGAAGUUCUCAAUUAGAAUCGGAGGUAAUUGUCGAUGUAUUGCCACCAACAUCAUCGGCAACACCUUUACCUGUUUUGCCCGUGAUUAGAAAUGAAGUUUUGCUCACUGAUCAAACUUGA